GUUAUAAAUGUUCACAAGAUGCAUUUCGGAAUAUACACAGUUCGUUGAUAUAGUUCGGUGUUUAUGUCAGUCAACAAGUGCUUUACAUUUGCUGUUAUCGUAGCUAGCUCACAAGCUAAAUCGCUAUCUGUCUAGCCUACACCAGCUUCCUAACAUUAGUUCCGCUUGCUAAUAGGCUGUACAAGAAUAAUCUCGGCUGCCUGAUAUUCCGAACAACAACGCUGAAAAGGAAGAAGAGGGAUGGUGCAGCCCCAGCCUGACUGCCCAAUGCAGUGGGACAUGUCGGGAGAGGAGAGUGUAGUGGCCCUCAGGGUCCCACCAGAGCUGGCUGCAAAUGAAGUGGUGAGCAGGCUGCUGGGGGACAACCAGCAGCUUAGAGAGGCCUUGCGGCGGAGCAACCUAGCCUUGCGUCAGCGUUGCGAGGAGUUGGAGGGAUGGCAACAAAGGGCGAGAGAGGAAAGAGAAUUUCUCAGCUGUCGUUUCCAAGAGGCCAGGGCCCUAGUGGAGAGGCUGGCUCAGGAGAAUCACUCUUUACAGGGCCUGGUGAAUGGCCCAGCCUCCUCUUCCAGCCACUGCUGCAGCUCCAGCCAGACUGAAGACCUACAGGGGCACACAGUGAGGAACGGCCCGCUGGAUGGACCACAGACUCUAGAUCAGCGGGAGAGGAAAAGAGUCGAAGAGAUGGAUCAACACACACAGACCAUGCCACCUCGCAGCCUGGAUGAUGACAGUGUGCAUAGCUACUUGAGUAGCAUCCUCCCCACUCCCACCUCACUUUCAGAGUCAGUGGGCAGGGAAGAUAGCGUGCCCUUGGAAGGCGCAAACGAGUUCCUGCAGCUGCUGAAGAGCCAUAAGGAAAAAAUGGAGGAAGGGAUGAGAGACCUGAGGAGGAAGAAUGAGGAGCUAGAAAAGGAGAAGGAGGAGGGAGAGAAAGAGAGAGAGCAGAUGCAUCACUGCAUUGAACAACUACGAGCCAAACUGGCCCAGGCGCAGGUGAACAGUGUCGCUGAGGAGGCACUUCAACAUCGCUCCGAGGCACAGCACUCCUCUGACUGCUCUAGCCUGGCUAAACUCACCGAGCAGCUUCAGGCCACACAGGGCAGGUAUCGGGAGCUGGAGGAGAAGCUUGAUUACCUGCAGAAGAGUUCAGCUCAGCGGGACAGAACUGAAGCUCUGCUCAAACAAAAGGAUAAGGACUGUGCUCAGCUGGCCAAGGACUGUGAGGCUCUGAAAGCUCAAGCAACUUCCCUAUUAGGAGAGCUGAAUGAGAGACAGACCUGCCUGGAGAAAAGCGAGCAGGAACGCAAACAGCUAGAAGAAAAGCUGUGCAGUAAGGUGAAGUCCCUGCAGGUGGCAGAGCGGGAGCUGGAGCAACAGAGGAAGCAGCAUCAUGUGGCCAUGGACAAGCUGCUGCUGCAGAAGGACAACCUGGAGCAUGCCCUGAAGACAGAGAGACAUGUUGUCACAGAGGAGAAGAAAAAACUGACACAGCUGCAGCAUGCCUACACAUGUCUCUUUAGAGACUAUGAUUCAAAGCUGAAGAAUGAGGGAGGGGAUUUGUGUAGCCGACUGGAGGAGGCAGAGCGAGCGCUGGCCCUGAAGCAGGAUCUAAUUGAUAAACUGAAGGAGGAGGUGGAGCAACAGAAAGGUUCGCUGGAGACCGUUCCUGUCCUCACUGCACAGGCUGAGAUCUACAAGGCAGAUUUCCUAGCGGAGCGAGAAGCCAGAGAGAAGCUGAACCAGAAGAAGGAGGAGCUUCAGGAUAAACUGACUCAGGCCCUGGCUGAGAUUGACAGGCUCAAACGGGAAGUCACAGCACGUGCAUGUAUGGAGCAAAUGAAGCUGAGACACCUGGAAGACUUUCCAGCACGAGCCCCACACGUUCCCCCCCAGCAAGGUGUGUUCCCCGGUCCAGCUUUUAACACAGUGCCUCCAGCGCCCUCGUUCCGCAAUCAGGGUUUGGUACCAGUCGGUGAUCAAGGGGCAGCUGGAGCUGAGGAGCUGCCAGAUUUAUGUUGUCCUAAGUGCAAGUACCAGGCUCCAGAUAUGGACACGCUGCAGAUACAUGUCAUGGACUGUAUACAGUAACAUAGCUCAGCACACCAUAAUACCAACACACCUGCAGAUACAGUAUAUUAGAGUUCUGCCAUUCAGCGCGUCUGCUGCCAGCCCUGUUUGGUAGUUGCACCUUAAUCUCUCUACCAUGUAAAACAUAAAUACAUGCUGCGAAUCUUACAAUUUAAAACGGGAAUAUGUUAGAAUCAAGAAAUAUAACAAUCAAAUGAUAGUAUAAAUAAGUGAAGAAAGACUGACAGUAUGGUGUUUUCUUAGAAGGGCUCCAUGGAUUUGAUUUGUGCUGUAGCUUUCCAAACUACCACUCAUCAUUUUCCUUUUCUUGUCAUGCACCUGUUCUUUUAUCUCCCCUUCACCCCCUUCCUGUGCCUUGCCUCUGAGAUGCACACCGAUGCCCCAUCAGUAUUCGUACAUGAUUGGGGUAGUGGAAGCUGAGAUGGGACUGUAGGCCGUGAGCUUUCACCGCAUCAUCCAUGUUAUACACAUCAGUAAUCACGGGGCCUAAGGUGAUGUCAUGUCGACAAAAGAGACAGUUCAGAAAGGAGGAAACGCAUGACAAUGUGAAUAACCUAGUGAGUUUUACACAAUAAGUAUUUAAAUAUGUUUGGGUUCUAAAUGUUGCUUGUCUACAUUACCUCAGAACGUAUUAUGUAUUAGAGAUGGAUUUGCUCUUACUGAAAUAGUAGCCAUUCUCUGUGUUCUGUGCCUGUGUACACCUUUGACUGCGCCACUGCUUUAUCGCUGAUGUUAGACCUGAUCCUUAACCCAACACAGCCCUCUUUGUACCCCUUACUCUGUUUUCUCUCUGCCUGUGGAACCUGGCUGUUAUCUGUCUGAAGGUAAGCGCAUCAAACUUCCUUCACUUUGUGUGAAUAUUGUCUGUAAUUAUAGAUCAUUUGGUGCAGAAACUAUUGUUUCAGACUGUUGAAUAUUUACGCAAUAAAUCCACUAUCAGUCCUUGUGUGUAUCUAAUAUC